CGUAACCCCCGUCCAGCUCGUCUUUCACGUUCACAUAAAUAACCAACAAACACAGAAUGUAUACCCGCAGUCCUUCAAUGCUCCAUCUUCUCUAAGCUAGUUUCUCUCUUCUUCUCUACGUCUUGCCGUUUGAUCCGCAAUUUCUUUCGGGAAUUACGGAAGCUUGCUUCUGGUCUGGUUUUCUUCUGCUUUUGGAAAAGGGAUCGGAAUCUGCUGAAGAUGUUGGGAGAAUUCAUUGCCAAUAGCCUAGUACUGGUCCUUGGGUAUGCCUACCCUGCUGUUGAAUGCUUCAAAACUUUGGACAAGAACAGAGGUGAUAAUGCACAACUCCGCUUUUGGUGUCAAUAUUGGAUUAUUGUGGCAUUGGUUCGAGUUUUGGAGAGUAUUGGGGAUCUGUCUAUAUCAUGGAUGCCAAUGUAUACCGAAUUGAAGUUGGCACUUUUCAUUUACUUGUGGCAUCCCAAAACUAAGGGGACAACAUAUAUUUAUGAAUCAUUGUUGACACCAUUCAUAAAAAAGCAUGAAGUGGAUAUUGAUGGAAGAUUCUCAAAUUUUAGAGAAGCAGUGUGGAACAUGGCUAUGUAUUAUUGGUACAAUAGCACCGAAUUAGGACAGUCAAAGAUCUUUGACUUCUUCACUUCUCCAUCCAAAAAAGGAUCCCAAAAGAGUUCCAAGAAGAAGGAUGAAGACAGUCGUUACGGUGGAUCGCCACUGCCAGCCCCACCAAGCUCGUCUUCUUUUGGCUUUUUCAAGCGGAAGUCAUGUGACAAGCGAUGACGGUCACCGCCGGUUUAUCCUUCGCCGACCCACCGGACCGUAUCACAGCCGGUUAAGACGGCUUUGGUCGAAAUUCCAUUAGCCCAACUAGGAAUUGUAUUCAAUGGCUGUAUGUGGUUCUUGGUAAAUACACAUAUAAGUAGAGGCUUACAUAAUAUAGAUAUACUUAUUUUAGGAGAUUUAUAUAUAUACAAGAAAAAAUUGUAGAUGUACAAGAUAGCUCAGUUGCAGUCAAAUUUAGAAUUUAGUAAUUAAAGAGUGUUGUUGCUGUUGGAAUGGCCUUUAUCAAUUCAUCAAACUUCGCGAUUCUUUUAUUGGAGUUAUAGCUAUUGCUCAUGAUUAAUUUCAACAAUUUACGAGUAUUGAAACUCCA